AUGAACAGUGACCCACGGAAUAUCAACCACAAAUAUUAUCAGUCAGGGGAUGUGAUCAUAGCUGGCAUUAGUUCACAAAGCUUCAUGUUUUCCAAUCCUCUCAACUUUGAUCGCCAUCCCUCUUCUGAAGUCCUUGAUGAUCUCAUAUUUUUGACUCAGACCUACCAGCACAUCUUGGCUCUUGUCUUUGCUGUGAAGGAGAUCAAUGAUGAUACCCAGAUGCUACACAAUAUCUCCUUGGGUUUCAACAUUUAUAAUGCCUACUUCACUGGAAGCUUAACUUAUCUUGCUUCACUGGAGCUCCUCUCCACUUGGGGCAAGUUCAUUCCAAACUAUAAAUGUGAUGCCCAAAGUACCACUGUAGCUGUGAUUGGGGGGCCUGACUCCAAAGCAUGUCUUUUCAUGGCAACCAUUCUCAGCAUCUACAAGUUACCACAGGUUUUGCUAAGAGUUAAAGAAAUUAUGACUUCCCAUUGCACACAGGUUCAGCCUCGUUCUUUGUGUAAUGAACCCUGCCAUAAAGGUCACAGCAAGACCAAGAAGGAAGGGAAGCCAUUUUGUUGUUAUGAUUGCCUUCCAUGCCCAGAAGGAAAAGUGUCAAAUUGGACAGAUAUGGAUUCUUGUUCCCAGUGUCCAGAGGAUCACUAUCCCAGCAAAGCCCAGGAUCAGUGCAUUCCAAAAGAGAUCAGUUUCCUAUCUUUUCAAGAACCUUUGGGGAUCACCUUAGCCAUUGUUACUCUUUUAUUUUCUUCCAUCACAGCUCUGGUCCUUGCAGUCUUUGUCCAACAUAAGAAUACACCCAUUGUCAAGGCCAACAACCAGGGCCUCAGCUAUACCCUCCUGGUCUCCCUUCUGCUUUCCUUUCUCUGCCCUUUGCUUUUCAUUGGUCGGCCUCAGAGGGCAACCUGUCUCCUUCGCCAAACUGCUUUUGGAAUCAUCUUCUCUGUGGCGGUUUCUUGUGUGGUGGCCAAAACCCUCACUGUGGUCCUAGCUUUCAUGGCCACCAGGCCAGAUUCUAAGAUGAGGUCAUGGAUAGGAAACAAGUUGGCCCUCUUUAUGGUACCUUCCUGCUCCCUUGUUCAAAUCACUCUUUGCACUGUGUGGCUGGUGAGCUCUGCUCCCUUCCCAGAUCUUGAUAUGCACUCGCUGCCUACAGAAAUGGUCCUGGAGUGCAAUGAAGGCUCUGCUGCCAUGUUUUAUUGUGUCCUGGGUUUCAUUGGCCUCUUGGCCAUGAUCAGCUUUACAGUGGCUUUCCUUGGCAGGAACCUCCCAAAUAGUUUCAAUGAAGCCAAAUUUAUCACGCUCAGCAUGCUUCUCUUUUGCAGUGUCUGGAUCUCUUUUGUUCCAGCCUACCAGAGUACCAAAGGGAAAUACACGGUGGCUGUGGAGAUCUUCUCCAUUUUAGCCUCAAGUGCUGGAUUACUGAUCCUCAUUUUCUCUCCCAAAGUUUACAUCAUAUUGAUAAGACCUGAGCUGAAUAACAGGCAACAACUCAUAAGAAAAACCCUCAUAAAAUGAUUCAUGGAAAUUAGUCUGCUAUACAAUGGGAUUUAUAUGAGUGACAAAACCACUCUAGGGUUGAAUUGAUAGCUACCUUAAAGCUUUUUAAAACAGAAUGGCUGGGUUUAAGUGUAAUAAUAAAAUAUAUAAUGUUCUCUCU